AUGGAGCCCAAGUCGGUCUUUCAGCUUGCUGUCCUCUCACUGCUGUCUUUUGUUUCGGGUGCUUACGCCGCUUUUGGUUACACUUCUUCUGGGGGCAAUUAUGUCGUCGACGCCGGUUCCGCCAACCCGCUCAUCUUUUCCGUGAGCCAGUCCAACUGCGAUAUCAGGUCGAUCAAGUAUAGAGGCACCGAGCUCCAGUAUGGAAGCCAGUUCACCCAUAUCAACUCCGGCCUCGGGUCCGCGACCGUCUCGAUCAGCCAGAUCAACGGAUCGAAAAAGUACAUCAAAGUUACUUGUGUGACGUCGACUUUGACCCACUACAUCGUGGUCCGCGCAGGCGAUAGCAGCAUGUUCUUGGCCACUUAUAUCACCGCCCAGCCUUCCAUUGGCGAGUUGCGAUGGAUUGCUCGUCUUCUGCCCGACAAGCUUCCUGGAGAAUAUCCCUAUGGCGAAGUCUCCAACACCCAAAGCUCCACUUCCACUGUUGAGGGCUCCGACGUCUUCGUGGUGAACGGCCAGACCCGGUCCAAGUUCUAUUCGUCAACGAGGUUCAUCGACGAGGAUUCCCACUGUGUAUUUGGUGGUAGCGACUUGAUGCACGUCUGCAUCAUGACACCGCAGCAAGAGUCGUCUUCAGGUGGCCCGUUCUUCCGAGACAUCAAUUCGAACAACGCUGGUGCCUCUACCAAUCUGUACAACUACAUGAACAGCGGUCAUGUGCAGACGGAGCCGUACCGAAUGGGACUUCAUGGACCAUACAUCAUGCAGUUCUCGCGCUCUGGAAUCCCAAGUGUCAAGAACGUGGACGUCUCGUGGUUCGGCGAGGUUGGUGUGACAGGAUGGGUCCCUCCUUCGGGUCGUGGAAGGGUCACAGGCACCGCCUCCGGUGUACAGAGCGGAAUGGAAGGUGUGGUUCACUGGUUCAACAGCGCUGCUCAGUACUGGGCCAGAACCUCCUCCAAUGGGGCCUUCACCUCCCCUUUGAUGAAGCCGGGCACGUACACCAUGGUUCUGUACCAGACCGAAUUCAAGAUUGCGACAUCUACCGUCACUGUCACGGCCGGACAGACCAGAUCGCAGAAUAUCGCCGGCACCUUCAACACCUCCCGCAAUACCCUCUGGCAAAUUGGUCAAUACGAUGGGCAGCCAGCUGGUUUCCGCAACGCUGACAAGUUCCUUCGCAUGCAUCCCUCUGACAGCCGCAUGAGCAACUGGGGUCCUCUGACAUACAAGGUCGGCAGCUCGCCACUCACCGAUUUCCCCAUGGCGGUCUUCCAGUCUGUCAACAACCCUGUGACGAUCCGGUUCAACUUGGGAAGCGCACCGGGAGCUGCCACGUUGAGGAUUGCCACAACCCUCAGCUUCGCGGGUAGUCGUCCGCAAAUCAAUGUGAACGGGUGGUCUGGCCCAGCACCAAGCGCCCCAGCCAAAAUUGAUAGCCGCGGCGUGACUCGCGGUGCGUACCGUGGCCAUGGUGAAGUCUAUACCGUAGCCAUCCCAACUGGCAAAUUGGUUGCAGGAAGUAACACCAUCACCAUCAGCUCCAUCAGUGGCAGCAGUGGGACAACGUUCUUGAGCCCCAACUUUAUUUUCGACGCUGUCGAGUUGUUCCAGUAA